UAAUAAAUAACACCUGUUUACAUAUUGCAGGAAGGCCCUCACACUAAUUGAAAAUAAUAGAAAAAAGUGAUAUUUGGCAAACUUAUAUUGACAAAUGAUUGUGAAUAAGAGGAUAUUUAAUACUGCUUAAAUAACAAUAGAAUUGUUAAAUAAACAAAAAGACAACGCAGCGCUAGCAACGGAGGUCUUCAGCUUUUUCGUGUAUUUAUUUUCGACAAAGUAUCGAAUCAAUUGCUAUACUAAACAAACCGUACAGCUUUGCACAAAAAUGUACCUCUGCUUGUAACUAUCAAUCAACAAUCUAAAAGUUUCAUCGUAACCAGCAUAAAACAUCUAGUAAUGAAUACCUUUCCUCUCAUUCGAAAAAUGCCAAAGAUUGAAUUACACGCUCAUCUCAAUGGUUCAUUGUGUGCAAAUUCAAUCAAAGAAUUGGGUGAACUAUGUUACGGUGCUAAUUCUAAAGAAUUUCUCACUCUCAGUGAGGAAUUCAUUAACUUUGACAAUGUUGACCUGGAUGGAUGCUUUAAAAAAUUCCGUUUCAUGCACGAAUUAACUUCAACAAAGAAGGGUCUACAAUUAGCUACUGAGUUAGCUAUACGGGAUUUUGCCAAAGAUAAUGUAAUUUAUUUGGAAUUACGUACAACCCCUAAAACUAAUAUUGAAAUGUCCAAACUGGAGUAUAUGGAAUGUGUUCUGGACGCUAUAGACCUAUCUAAGAAAACUGAAAAUAUUCAUGUAUGUCUGCUGCCAUCUAUUGAUAGAGGACUAAGCGUAGCUGAAGCGGACGAUACGGUUAACAUUGCACUACAAUUGCAAAAUACUCAUAAAGACAUCAUUACCGGCAUUGACUUCAGCGGUAACCCAAAACUUGGCGAAUUUGAAAAAUUCAUGCCAGUUUUGGAAAAAGCACGACAAAAUAAUUUAAAGCUGGCACUACAUUGUGCAGAGAUUGAUAACCCCUUGGAAAUUGAGAAAAUGAUACAAUUCGGUAUGGAUCGUUGCGGACAUGGGACGUUUCUGAGUCAGUUGCAAUUGAAUGAGUUAGGAAGGAAAAAUAUCGCUAUCGAGUGUUGUUUGACGAGUAAUGUCAAAUGCGCUACCGUAAAAAGCUAUGAUGAUCACCAUUUUAAGCACAUUUUCCGAUUUAAAAAAACAUCAGUAGUGCUAUGCACAGAUGAUUGUGGUGUGUUUGACACGACGUUAUCAAGCGAAUUUGAGUUAGCCAAGAGGAAUUUCAAUUUAAAUACCGAUGAUUUGAUGCAACUUACUUUGAAUGCUGCAGAACAUGCAUUUGUUAAAGACAGUAUCAGGGAUGAGUUGCAACAAAAAGUUAGACAGUACUUUAACACUCCGAAUUUUUAAAGACUUACAUAUUUAAGAGACCUUGUUCAAAGGCAACUUGUUUAGAGCAAAAAUAAUAUAUUGAAAAUAAAUUAUUAAACUAUUGGAAAAUUG